GCCAUUCUGGGAAGCUUUACAUCCGCACAUGGCUUUGUGUGGGCGACAAUGGCAGUUAUGGCCUAAUCUGCAGUGUCUGGCCCUCCAAUUUAUUCUUAGCCACCUAACACAUUGACAAAUCAUGCGAACUUUUUUCACCUGUGAGUUCUUUUAUUGUCUGGAAUGAAGAAUGGCAGCCAUUGUUGUUAACCUAAACUCUCUGCAACUGCUUCAGUCUUUCCCUCCCUUCACUCUUCCUCAAUCAAAGUCUCAAUCUUUCUUCCAUUUCACGCCUCUUCCUCCGUCGGCGGCUGCUCGCUGCCACUGCAACACUGGUUUCUCUUUCCGGAAGUCAGCAAGACGGAAUUUCAGGUCGCAGGCGACGGCAUUAGCCAUGAUCUCUGCCGAUCCGGUCGCCGGAGACCUAAUCGCCUCCGUGUUAUCCGGCACCAUCGCGUUCUCCUGUCUCCGGUUCUGGGAGGAGAUGGCUAAAAGAGGAGUUUUUGAUCAGAAACUAAACAGAAAGUUUGUCCAUGUUAGCAUGGGUCUGGUUUUCAUGCUUUGCUGGCCAAUGUUCAGCCCCGGUCGUCAAGGAGCACUCUUAGCAGCUCUUAUUCCCGGGAUCAACAUAGUCAAAGUUCUUCUAUUGGGACUGGGAAUUUGGAAGGAUGAUGCAACUGUUAAGUCUAUGACCAGAUUUGGAGACCACAGGGAACUUCUGAAGGGGCCUUUGUACUAUGCUCUUACCAUCACCUUGGCGUGUGCUGUGUAUUGGAGAAGUUCUUCCAUUGCCAUUGCCUUAGUUUGCAACCUCUGUGCUGGUGAUGGUAUGGCAGAUAUUGUUGGCAGGAGGAUUGGGAUACACAAACUACCAUACAACAGGAACAAAUCCUUUGCCGGUACUAUUGCAAUGGCAGCAUUUGGUUUCUUAUCAUCUAUUGGAUAUAUGCACUAUUUCGCCUCAUUUGGGUAUCUUGAGAAGACUUCACGAGCAGUGAUUGGUUUCUUGAUCGUCUCUAUUGCUUCGGCUUUGGUUGAAUCUCACCCUCUAAGCACUGAUCUUGAUGACAACCUCACGGUGCCGCUCGCCUCUGUGAUGGUGGGCAGUUUUGUUUUCUGAGGUCAAAUCUUUAGAUGGGGGAGCUGUUAACUUGUUGACCUUAGAACCAAUUGAUGGAUGAAUACAGUGACAUUUCAGCAAAAAGCUGUGUUGGAGACUUCACUUGGUUUCUAAAUGGAUUCAACACUUGUUGUAAUUAGUCUAUAGUUGUACUCUGUAUCUAGCAAAAAAUGGAAGAUAAGGUUUGACUAUACCAGGACUCAACUAGAUGUAUUUAAUAAAAUUCCCAUUAUUAAAAAUGUUUUUUUACUACUACUUUUGCUCACUGUUCUAUGAUCAACAUUUCAUGUAAGUUUAAUUCGUUAAAAAAAGGAUGAGCCCCGUCUCCGAGAGUCUCUCAAACCCGGCCGGACGAUUACUGAAGAGGGAAAAAACUUUGGAAAUGCUCAAGUCACAUAGCCAAAUACUAAAGCCAAAUAGCCAAAUAAUUGACCUUGCUUCUU